AUGGAUAGGGAAAAGCCGCCCGAGAAACACUUCUUGUCCCCUUCUCCUGUUGCCCAGGAUGUCUCAAUGACAGAUUCCGACACGAAGAUCUCCGAAACUGAACCUCCUCUUGGACUUUCCAGCGUAGCUCGCCGUGUCAUAGAGAGACGUCCUAGGGAUCGCCCAAAGGAUGCAUUCAUCGAAUCCCAGACCUACGUCUCGGGGCACAUUGAUGGGUCUUCUAGGACAUCCCCGCAAAAUUCCUUUCCCUCAAUGUCGACAAAGAUGAUGGUUGAACUGAGUCGGCUAGAUGAAUAUACUCCCUUUUCGAAAACAGUUGAACGCCUGUUUUACGACACUUGGGUCGAUCAAACUAAGAAUCCCCAGGUUGACGGGAUAAUCCUCUUCGAUAUCAAAACGUUUUCACCUCUCCCUGACGGGCAAAUACCGCAUAAUAUCAAAUCCGCUAGUCGCGAUACUGAGCUGCUGUCAUUGCUAAGUAAUUUCCCACUACGCUUCUACGGUGCUCGUCGCGCCUGCUAUAUCGGGGAUCCUGGUUACCCUUUGGAUCUUUGCGACAAUGUGGACUGCGCCAUCUGCCCGGUCUUCCAGUCGCAGUGCACAGCCAGAAAAGCGGGUAUAAGCUUUGAAUUAGGUCCCGGAAUACCCGCCAGUCCCAAUUCGUCCCAAGCCGAUGCUUUCGCAACAAAUCAUCACAUACACUCGUAUCAACAUGCCGUGGUCCUCUGUGCAUGCCCAAAUAUUGCGCAAUCGGACACCCAGGCCACGCACCCAGACGAUCCUCCCCCGUACACGGCGAAUGAUUCUCCUCCGCACAUAGCGACUGCCUCCCCCGGUACAGUUGUUGUUCCGAUCGGAUUGAUCAUGUAUACUCGGACGGGGUGGCAUCCUUCAUGA